UCCAACUGGAGGUGCUCAAUAUCCGGAAAAAGAGGGGUAAUUCUCACUCCCACACAUUCUACCCAGAAUGAUACCUGUGAUGAAAUAGUAACUGUGUUGGCUCAGUGAUCAGUCAGUUGAAAUUGGACUUAUGGCGGCUGGAUAAAUCCAAAUGGAACGACAAUGACAUUUGGAUACUUUCACUCAUUGUCACAGGACAAGUGAAACUGCCAAAAUCAUCGGGCUUCCAACGACAUCCCAGUGACUCUGGAACGUCAAAUGUCAUUGAAUUUACCAGCUAAUUAGUGACAUCCGUUUGUUGAUACCUCGGGUACAGUGACAAAUGUCAAAUGAAAUUGUUCCUGAAUACUAGACCAGCUGGAGUUGUUCAUCAUGUUGUGCUGGUGAAUGUGUAAUUAUGAGAUUAUCUGCAUUGUCAGAGUGUAAUAUUCUUCACUGUAAUAUAUUUUAUGAAAAUUAGAUCCAAUAACGAAGGUGGACAUAAAUUACACGAUGAAGGAGCUGGAACACAGUGAAGCACCAUCAGUCACCCGGACCGUCAAGUCGAUCCUGAAAAAACCUGGCCAGGGUAAACAGCGCACGCACAAAAAUCGUGUUGCAAUUAAUGAAAAAUUAAAUGAAUCCUUCGCGGCUGAUUACAUUAUCCUCAUCAAAGAAGAGUGUUGUGCUGACUAUGAAGAGGAGUGUGACUACUGUCAAGAGACUGAAAUGAUAAGAGUUGGUAAUUGUAACGAGUGUAGAGCUGAAUUAUCGAGGCAUUUGGCAAGUGGAAUUGAUCCGUAUUAUGGUGUCAAUAGACAUGGCCAUGUUGAUGCUGGUGAUGAUAAUAACAGUGAGAGAUGUAUUAACAGUGAGGAAUCACAGUGUGAGGAUGAGGGAGACGAGGAGGACGAGUAUGAGGAAGAAGUUGAUGAUUAUGAGGAGGAGGCUGACUCCCCGGAGGAGCCGGCAGUUGCUGAAUGUGGUGAUAAAACACUUAGUACUUCCCAAUCACAUGAACAGGAGACAUUGAGUCCACCCGAGGGUUAUAAGGAUGUGUGCGAUGAUGAUAAAUCGUGUGAGGUUUUGGGUGAUGAACAAAUGUGCACAGGAGAUAUUUGCGGUGAGUGCAACUAUUAUCAACAGCGCACUUUAGAUGGCGGGGAGGAGUCUAUCGGAGCGACAACUGAGAAGACUAACGUUUCUGCAGCAGAAGACGCUGAGGAUCAUCUCAACGCAACUGGUGAUCCCCUACGACAAACGAAAUCAGACCUCCACCAACGCUAUUUAGUGGAAACGAUAACGAUGACAACUGUGACUGAACGUCGUAUAGUCCGUGAGAUCAGCGAGGACUCCUGUUGCUCUUCGAUAGGUCAAUCUGACACACCAUCAUUACUCGAUUCCCAAAGUUUAUCAAAAUUAACCGACGAGGAUGGUGUGGAUUGUGAAACUGAAGAAGAAACACAGACCAUUCCCUCAAAAUCAGAGGAAUGCAGUAAAGACUUUGCGAAUGCCAAUGAACUCUCCCUGACUUUAAAACUGGGUAAUGUAUCCCUCGUAACCAACAGCUUGAAACCAAAUUCUGCAGUCCGCCAACUGUUCCCCGAUCCUCGUUUUAUUUCCCCACCUCCAAUCUCAACCAAAGCCAUUUCUUUGUCGACUGACGAAGGGACUGACAGUGAUAGCUCAGAGGCUCAAAGAUUAUUAUUAACAACUGAGAGUCUUCAGCUCUUCGAUUCCAUGAAACAUUCCAAAAUGCCGGGCUCAAGAAGUGACUCUUCCGAAAGUGAUUCGUCAGCGAUAAGACGUACAAUCGAGCGUAAUGCUCUUCGGAGAAGUCUCAUUUGCAAUUACGAUGUGAAGAAGAAAACUCUCAAAAGCAAAGACUUAACAUUAGAAGAAAGAAUUCGACGAUUAACCUGCGUUGAUCAGGACAGCGACAAUACUGGGAACAAUACCUCUGAUUUACCAAAAAAUGAAUCUAGUGAAAUGACUUCUGAUUUGAAUGAAGUCCCCUCAUCUGGAGAUGAGCACGUGCAUUCGGCACAUAAUUCACAGGAUAAUUCUGCAUCACUGGCGUACCAUCAUCAUCAGCAUCAAGCGGCCUACAAUAAAAUAACUGAUCUGCUGAGUCAAAAGAAAAUGGAAAAUAUGCCAGACCUGGGAAUAGGAAAUGGAACGAAUGUCAUGAGAGAUUUUAACAAGACAAACUUCCUAAAGAUGAAUACGAAUUCUAGAAAACAAUUUUUAUCAGCAUUCACUCCAUUUUCAUGUGUUACAUCAACAGGUAUGGAUAGCCGAGAAGAUUAUUACCACAUAUCCUCGACUGUUCAUGACAGGGAUUCGGUGGGAUACAACUCAGACUCCUCUUACAGUUUAGAGGAUAUCGAAGCAGCUUUGAGAGGUGAAGAGAGAAACUAUAUGAACACUCUUGGACCCCCUGAUAUUACUAAAGGUACACCAACAGGAGCUGGCCCCGAUUCAUCAGACGCAACAGCAGAUGAGCUCUUGGCUUUUGUUGAACAGGAUAGAACUCGAACGGAGAGGCUUAAACGAAAAUACGAUACAGAGGAUCACCAGGAGCCUUCGAAAAAUCGAGAUAAUGGCUCUGUAGAUGAUGAGGAUGAUGAACUCAACGAUUAUGGAUUCAAGGCUCGCCCGGCUGUACGUGGCAUCAAACCCCGGUUCCAAUCCACCACAGAAAUCGUCAGAGAAUUACGUUCCCGAACGGGUCCUACCACUUUGACCAACGAACCCCUGGUUUUUUCUGCCCCCUGGGCUUACUACGAUGCCCGAAAUGCUGAAAAGCACGCCACCGUGGGAAAAGAACCUGGUGAACUAACUGGAGGGCACGAUAACACGAUAAAGCGAAUAAAUACAAUGCAAAAGCAAAUUGAUGACAUUUAUCAGACUAUCGCUGAAACAACGGUCUCAGUCCAGGAGACAACUGCUCGUGGUUCUUAUUUGGAAAGCACUUUACCCAAGAGAAUUCGAAAAGGUGUUGAUUGCCGAUAUGAUCAGAAUACCGAACAUUUUCAUGAUAAUCGCAGUGGUGUUUAUAGUACACUGCCAAUGAAGAAUAAAAGACCAGUUGUUAUUACUAAUUAUCCUUCCGAGGGUGUUCCAGUACAAAAUAAUAAGUGUUAUAGAACGAUGUAUUUUGUUCCUUACAACGGAAUUACUGAUCCAACAUACCAAAAUAUCCAGAGAAUCAUUCCACCUCAUCCAUCUGCUAAUUACACAGGCCAUAUUGAGCGUUAUCCAUUUACAAGAAAUCGUUCUGAAUCAGAUCGUCUCAAACAACCUGUUCAACAACUUGAUCAACAGUCUCCGAGAUAUUAUGGUGAAGCAUCAGUGGCUAAGGCACCACCAUUCUAUCCUCAACCUAGUCUUCAUCUUCAUUUAAAUCGUCCUGAGAACAUGGGAAUUAGGCCACCAGGUAUCAGCAUGCAGACUCUUCAAUUACAACAUCAUCAGCAUUCGGCGGAAUAUGCUACUUAUGAUGUGCGAUCAGUUCCUGCUUAUACCACGAUGGUGCCGUCCAGGACGGGUGGAUAUGUGUAUGUAGAACGUCCUGCGAGGUCAGCACUUGAUAUGCCCGGACAGAAUGUCUCCAUGACACCGGUUGUUGUGACAGGAUUUAAUGGGCAUCUUAGUAAUGCGUCAUCUUCUUCGGCAUCGUCCGUUGUUUCUUCGCCGACAAAAAAUCAGGAGCCGAGAAUAUCCUGCAGUGCCAAGAGGGAAGCACCCGAAGGUGCUGCUAGCACUCGAACGCAUGAUCUAGGAACACAGGCAAAUGAUGUUGGCGAAAAUAUUGCGAAUAAUUUCAAGGAACAACCGAACAAUGUGCCUCCACCGACAACACAAAAUUCACUCUAUUAUGCCAUGAAUGUUUAAAGUUUCGUAAAAAUAUAUUGGACUAUUUACAAAUUAUAUGAGGGCCACAGUAGGUAUCAUUACCCUUUCAGUAUCUCCAGUUAAAUCCAAAUGAUGAAUUCAAAUCCUGUUUGAUACCACAUUGAAUAAUCUGUGAAUAUUGGUCAGAUGAUUUGAAUGGUUAGAGUCGAGUGUUCUAUUAUUGGGGAGUAUAUAACUGAACUGACAUUUUCUCCAUUUGUUUUUAUUUUUUUACAGAAACAAAUAUACAUGUUCACAGGUACAAGAAUUACGCAUUCGACCAAAAUAUUAUUUCCAUAAAAUGUCUAUCUUAUUCUAUUUGUUUUUUGUAUGCAAUAAGAAAAACCAAAAAUAUAAAUCUCCGGUUUCAUAAUGAAUGACUGAAUGAUAUAAGUUGUGUGAAUGAGAAUAAAUUAUUUAUGAAGUAUGCGUCACUCGCAGAGUAAAUUAUAGUAAUCAGUAAUGAUCAUAUAGGAAACAAUAUUGGAAGAGUCUCAUAAUGUCAACGGAAGUGUGAAGAAAUAUGAAAACAAUAAAAGAAUGUUAUUAAAGAAUAUAAAAACUA